AUGGAUGAUCAUGGAACAAAAACCCGACGAAAGCCAUUGAGUUGGUGUAAAUUAAUCAUUUCGGCCUUGAUUCCAUGUGUCUUAGGUAUCUUUACAAUUCUUUUUACGUUGCAACAACAAGAUCUCUCGAAACAACAACAACAACAAGAACGUUGGCAUCAACUUGAUUCUCAACGGCAAACAUCGUUCAAUGCAUAUAUUGAUGACAUAUCGAAGUUUCUCGCACAAGAAAUGGCUAUACAUCCAGUGAUCGACAAAACUUCCCUGCUUUAUAUCCGAACGAAAACAUUAACUGUUUUACGAACUUUGGAUGCUGAACGUAAAAAAUACGUUCUUUUAUUUUUGUAUGAAAGUGGUCUGAUUCGCAAUUCUGGUCUUGACUUGCGUGGCGCUGAUCUAAACAAUGUUCAAUUGAUUGGACCGUACAAAUUAGACAAUUUAUAUCUGCCCGAUGUGUUCUUGUCAAAUGUCACAUUUGUUGAUUGUCAUUUGAAAAAUGCAACUUUCGAUCGAUCAGUUAUGAAUAAUGCACGUUUCAUUCGAUCAACAUUAGAAUCAGCUUCAUUAGGCGAGACUGUCUUGAAUAACACGGAUUUCACAGGAACUACGAUCAUUUUUGCGAAUUUCACUGGAGCAUUUCUAAUCGGAGCAAAUUUUCUCAGUGCAGAAGUAGUUCAAGGUCUCACAUUUACGAAUAGUGAUUUAUUUGAAGCUCAUUUCACUGAAGAACAAUUUCAAGGGCAACGUGCCACUAUGUUAGCACAUAAUUUUAAUCACGCACGCUUACCUAAUGGAACUUUCGGACCGAUUGAUGCAAAAAAGAAUCUCAUUCAGAAUGGUGAUGCUGAAUGGAACUGUUCAACAGAGAAACCAGAGCCUUGGUUAAUGGCUUAUACCAAUACCACAUUGUACACUCGUGAUGUAAGAAAUAUUUCAGUUAUAAACAUGACAUUCGGCGACUUUGAUAGAGGCAAAUGUUCAUUCGCAGUGAAGGUCAAAACUCGAGUUACUCAAAUCAUCGAUCUUCGCCUUUAUUCACUUCUCAUUGACGCCGGUCAAGGAGUCUUUGCUGCAUCAGCGCUUAUGGGUUGUGAUGUACCUGGCAAUAAUGCAUACAUGUCUGUGAGUAUGCAGCGUUCUGAUGGAUUGAUACAAGGACAACGAUUGUAUUUAAGCUCAGAUGGAAUCAAGUUGGAUGAUACAUUUGUGAUGCAACCGCAUCAAAUACGAGUACAACGAAUGAUAGAAUAUACACGUCGUGUCACCAUCACUUUCGGCGUAGAAACAUUGCCAAAAUCAGGUACUUGGUGUUACUUUGACCAUAUGGCAUUCAUCGUUCGACAGACAAUCUGA